AAUCAUUUCUUCCCCCGAAAUAAACGCUCUUCUUCAAAUGGCUGAAGGUAGUUUCCGCUACCUCUGGAGUUGAUAGCAAUGGAUCAGCCACAAACAUACAAACCCAAAAAUCCAUGGCCUUUUCAUUUACUAUUUCCUUUUUUUCAACUUACCCAUUACUGAAUUUCCCCUUUUCUUUCCUUUUCUCUUCCUCUUCCUCUUCCUCCCAUUGUUUGUAGUUGAAGAUGCAGAAUUCUCGAGAUGAGUUGUUGUGCAUCAGAUAUAGAAGCAAGAAGAAGAGCAAAAACAAUGGCAAGAAAGAUCCCAACAACCAUAACCAAAACAACUGCAUUAACAAGAGAACCAGUUUCUAUGACUUCUUCUGGUCUUUCCUCUUUUCCCUCUCUUGUCUUGUCUGCUUAUUAUACUCCGAGCUCGUCCUUGGCUAUGGCGAUGCUGGGGAUUCUUCUUCUGUAAACAAAAGCACUUCUUGCCAUACUCAUGGAAAUCAGAAGGCUGGUCACGCUUGUUCAUCUAUAGCAAAUGGAAGCAAUAGUACGACCUCUAGAUCAUCUUUUGAACUUAAUGUGUCAAUGAACUGUAUUCAAUCCUAUGUUCAUCACAACUAUGCAAAUUUCAAUUACUCACUUCCAGAGUCGAAGGCAUUUGAAGAAGCAGUACUGAGUGCACUAGGAUAUUCAUCUUUGAUAUGUAAAGUACAACAGCCGGAGAAGAAACCAUGCUCAACAGAACAUCAGGAAAGUCCUAGUGGCAGAAGCUCUCGCCCCACAUAUCUUAAUUUGGACGAGUUUCGGAACAUUACAAUGAAAGAUAAAGAAGGCAAAAUGCCUAGCCAGUUAGUUAACAUCACUCAUCGGCUUGAACCAGAUGGAUCGGAUUACAACUAUGCAUCUGCAUCGAAGGGUGCAAAGGUGGUUGCUCAUAACAAGGAGGCAAAAGGAGCAUGUAAUAUACUGGAGAAAGACCAUGAUAAGUACCUGAGGAAUCCUUGUUCCGUGGGAGGGAAGUAUGUUGUGAUUGAGCUCUCAGAAGAGACCUUGGUUGAUGCUGUGAAAAUUGCAAAUUUUGAACAUUAUUCUUCUAAUUUCAAGGAAUUCAAUUUGUCUGGCAGUUUGAGCUACCCAACUGAGACAUGGUCUAACUUGGGAAAUUUUGUUGCUGCUAAUGUAAAACAUGCUCAAGUCUUCCAGCUGCCAGAACCAAAAUGGGUUAGGUACUUAAAGCUGGAUCUGCUUAGUCAUUAUGGAUCAGAGUUUUACUGCACAUUGAGUAUAGUAGAAGUCUAUGGUGUUGAUGCCAUGGGGAGGAUGCUUGAAGAUCUCAUUGUCACCUCUUCAAAAGCUGCUCCCAAGAAAAUUUCACUAGAAGAACCUAAUUCAACUGUGUCGCCUUCUGUAAAUUCAGAUGUUGGCCCAGUUAAUGAGUUAGAAAAUGAUGAGAAUAACUUGUCAAGUGCUGGUGCAGGGCCAGAAAGCAUGGAUGAUCCGACAAGUCUUGCUCUAGAGGUUGCAAAAAAUGUGAAAGUUAACAAAUUUCCUGAUCCUGUAAUUGAAGCUAGACAACAGCUGAACGGUAGAAUACCUGGUGACACUGUCCUGAAGAUAUUGAUGCAAAAGGUGAGGUCACUUGAAUCUAAUUUGUCUGUGCUAGAGGAGUAUAUCAAAGAAUUGAACCGACGCCAAGGGAAACUCUUACCAGAUCUUGAAAAAGAAAUAGUUAGAAUAUCAUUGCUUCUGGAGAAUACUAAGUUAGCUAUCACGGAUCUCAUGGUUUGGAAGGAAACAAUUGAAAAAGAAAUAGCUCACUUCAAAUCAUGGAAGAUGGCUACUACAUCUCAAAUGAAUGAAUUGGUCAGAGAGAACAAUAUGCUCAGCUUAGAUAUUGAAAAAAUAUUAAACAAUCAAGCAAAGCUGGAAAGUAAAGAACUCGCCGUGCUAGCCGUGAGUUUUCUUUUCAUGUGCAUUGCAACUCUGAGGCUAAUAUCAGCUAAAAUUCUCAUGUUUUUUGGAGAUUGUCAAUCGGAGAAAACGUGCUCGACCAGCGGCGGUUGGGUAUGGAUACUUGUUAGCAGCAUGAUGACGGUAAUCCUCGCAUUCAUAUACAGUUAAGUUAGCAACUGUUGUUUCCUUUUUGUAGUUCUAGUUUGGACACUCUUCACUCUUUAUGGAAAAAUACAGAAGAGAAGCUACAUUUUCCAGGAUUGAACCCUUCUUAAAAUGGAGGAAAAUGAGGUACCGAAACCGCUUAGCCCUUUAACCAUACAAUAUUUUUUCACUCUGAUGUAUUCUUCAAACGGCUAAUUUUAGGUCAUAUGAAUAUAUUUGGCUGAGAUUUACCAUUUGAAUGUGUGUGACGGGGUGUGUGUGUGUGUUUGUGUGUACACAAAUAUAGGCAAUUUUAUAUAUAGCAAUCAUAUGCUUCUUCUAGGCUUGGAAGAAUGCUGUAACACCAACAUUCUAAAGCUGCAAAUUUGUUUAAAAUUUGUUAAUUUCCUUCUCAAUGAAGUUCUGAAGGUUACGAUUA